CCAGGAUUCUCUGAUGCCCCGUCAUUUUCGUUGAUAUUCAAUAUUGAGAAUCUGAGAAAAGUUGGUGGAUUCCAGAUUGGGUGGACGGAUCGCCUUGAGAAUCACCUUAUAUUGAGCUUGGAGGACGGAUAUAAGGAGCUCAGAGUUUUUCACAUUGCCCCCAUCUUCCCCCACGGCUUCCUGGAAGAGACUGCACGUACGUUGUCGCUACUGAUCCCACGAUCCAACCUUAAGUGCCAGCGUUGUAUCCUAAAAUGCCGUCGAAAAGCAGCCAUUGACCUGGAAGCAGGCCAACUCCCUUCUACGUCGCGCGAUAUUGCUAGUUUCCCCUUCUGGUCCCACCAGUUGUUGGAGUUGCGCGAAGAAUACGACCGGACAGAGCCGACAACGGUACGGAAAUGGGUGGUCGACAAACGUAAGCCUAACCAGAGGUAUAUGUUUUGGAUUGUGGUAAUCGCCUUAUUUUUGGUCUUGGUGUUUGGACUCAUUCAGUCGGUCGCCAGCAUUAUUUAG